AUGAUUCUUUCUACAAUCCAGGAUGUAUCCCGAACGAAGACUGUUCCUAUCCGAACCUUCCAAGACUUGCAACUUGAAAAGAAUAUGUAUAUUGCUUUUCAAAAUCUUAAACACAAUUCCAAUAUUUCCAAGAAACUCCCUGCACUCGAAAAACAAGCAGUUCAGAAUAUUGCAAAAAACCUGCGCAAGUUUUUUGUAGGUGAUCAGGCCAUAGUAACAAACAACGGACCUUAUUUUAAACUUCAGCAUGAGGAUUUGGUAUCUAUGCAACAGGAUAUGAAAGACACGAAGAAGGAACUGAAAGACACAAGGAAGGAACUAAAUGCGAGGUUUGAUAAUGUGACGAUGGAACUGGGAGAUGUGAAGAUGGAACUUGGAGAUGUGAAGAUGGAACUGGGAGAUUUGAAGAUGAAAGUUUCAAACAUACACGCUAUCUCUUGUCAAAGUGAAUUCCUAAAUGUUCUAAGAGACAUGGUACAUGUAACUUUGGACAAGAACACACCAGAUGGCAUGUUUUCGGAAGUCACUAGGAGAAUUCGGCAAGCACGAAAUAUUGAGGUGCAUCGUGUAACAUUGAAGGGUUGCAUGGAUGCGUGUCGGAGUUUCAUGGCAGAUAAUGAAUCUCCUUUCGAAUGGGAAGCCAUGUUUGAAGCCUUCUUCGAACUUUCUUUGGAUGAAGCUGAAAUGAAGCUCAUUCCACUUGCUGUGUCAUCCCCCGACUUUCAAAUCGAAGCCAUCAUGGCCGCUCAAGCCAACUUACUGCUCAGUUGCCAAAUGGAUCAGUUUCCAAAUGUUUUUCAAAAAUGGCUCAAAGCAGUUCUUGAAUACUUUGAUUUGAAACAAGUCGGUUGUCCAUCCCCAUCCUUCCCCCAUUCGACAAAGCCAGAACUAGAGAAUAACUCUGCUCCCCUACGCGAAGCUCGAAAGCAUAUUCAACAACUAGCUGUCGAAUGUCUGAAGUCCGAAAAAGAAGAUCAAGCUAGAGCAGCAAGAAAUGGCAUGGUCACAGGCUUUCCUCUCAGUAAGAAAGUCCUGGAGAAGAGACAUGAUAAAUGGAAGGAAGGGGAGCAAUGGGAGAAUUUAAUGAAGUUGGGUGAGCUGUACAAUGCUACAACCACGGAAAAGACUGGUGGGAAUAAGAGAGACUGA